CUUGAUUGUUCGAAGCUAGUAGCUCUUGGGCGAGCGCAUUUUGUCAUUGAAGGAGGGAAAUUCCUUUCCAGCCAGUUCUUGCUUGGCCUGCUAUUGGCGGCCCUGUGGGCGGCCCUGUUGGCGGUCGCGUUGGCCUUUGGACUUCCUAGCUAAGAAAGCAUAGAAGCUUAAGAAGGAAGAACAUGAUGGCACUGUCCAAGGCACUGUCAGAAAGGAGGGCAAGAGCGUGAGAGCGUUGUUUUGGCCUAUCGUCUUUUACUGUGUGCGUUGUAGUGGUUGUAGUGUGUUCUUGCUCAUUCCAAUCACCAGCCGGAAUUUCUUAGAAUUCCACUCAGUGGCCCGUUCUUGGUGCGGUCUGGGCGUCCAUCGUUCCUUGCGCCGCUUGGCCUUAAGAAGGUUGGGCUCAGCCAAGUUGUGAGGAGCGGGAUGCAAGACCGCCUGAGAACGAGGCGGUCAGAUGCGAAGACGAAACCGAGACGUUUUGUCAAUGCCCCUGCGAUAGUCCGAAGGGAAAGAAAGGCAAUUCCCGAUCAGGAAUGUGAACCAAAUGAGCUGACUAUUUGUCUUCCUUCCUCCAAUACCUGGGUACUCAAUCCUAUCAGCAUGUAUCAUCGUAUGAAUCAUCGACCAAUGUUCCUCUUGCUGUGACUGAUAAUUGAUGUGAAUGCAAGCGAAGGAGAAGAAGAACGAGAUCUAGAGAUUGCUUGUGGAUCCCAAAUUAGUGCAGCAGUGGUAUUUUUUUGAGGGAGGGGGACUGAAAAAGUGAACUCAAGUGAUGGCGCCUUGCCUUGUUGGUGAUGGAUAAUCCCGGAUUACCUAGAUGCAAAUCAUUAACGAAGUACUAGCAUCCUACACGAUUUCUUGACGUGCUUGCAAUCAAGUUACGAUUGAAACAAUCCAAGUCUUGUAAAUGGUAUUGGUGCUCCUUUUCUCUGUCCUGCUUCUCUGCCAUAAGCCCAGUGGGUCCCUAAGGAGUCCAAGGUCAACCAGGAAGAACAGAGAAUCGUUUGAAAUCUUUCGUCGGUGAUUGUUGUGGAGCAAUUUUGACGUGUUUACCUGAAACUCAUGGAUGAGCCAGUUCAUUCUCGUGUGCAGAACACUCCAAGGACCUCAUCAUGUCCCGGUCAUGGAUCUCACUUCGUCCAAAUGGUCCCGGGAGACCGCCAUUACUUGACCCAGACCCCCAGUCACGAUCAAAUCCAGCGACAUUUCAGGCACCAUGGCAAUAACAGUCGCCAGCAUCUUCAGCGUGCAGAAUGUAGGGCAGUCCAUGAGCCGAGUUGUCGGACACCUCCCUCGCCUAAUCAAGCGGUUCAUCUUUGUAUCCGCCACUCGUUGUGUUCGUGUCGUCCCACUUCCUAUGCUUCUUCGCCCACUUCAAGAUCCAGUGGAAUAGCCCGACAAGUUAGCUCGGAGAGAGAACGCCACCAUUUGAGACACCGUCAGGAUUGGAACAAGUCGAUGCCAUCUAGCCCAAGCGCCAGAAUUCAUGACGAGUGUGGCGAUGGGCAAUCCCAAUCAUCACCAACAACGAGUGCCUUUCGAUCCCCCAAACACUUUUAUUCUCCCGCUGUUGUUAAAGUUGUGGCUAAAGCCAACAAAGCCAAGCAAAAUACCUCGCAUUCUUUGAAUUUGGCUCAAGGCACCAUUCAAAGCCCAAUCGACUCGGGUGAAGUCUCAGGAUGCUGUGGUGGCCGAUUGGAGCGUGAUCUCAAAAAGCUCGGACUAAGUAGCAGUUAUUCCGCUUUAGAUGCUCUACAGUCUGAUCAAGAUAGCUACGAUGGAUUUCCAGUUGGACUAAAGGAGGAUCAAAAUCACCAAAAGGUGAUGUCAGAAUAUAUGAAGAGCUUUAAACUUUGGAUGACGAAUGUGAGUGAGAAAGUGGAAAAAGGCACCAUGGCCCUUAAGGAGGCCCUACCCUCGUUGAAAGAAGAUCAUCAUGUCGUAAUGAUUGGACUUGAUUCAGCGGGCAAGUCCACCGUCCUUUAUCGCUUGAAAUUUGACCAAUUUGUGAACACGACACCAACAAUUGGCUUCAAUUGCGAAAAGGUCCGUGGAAGCGUGGGACGCUCUCGAGGUCUGACCUUCUUGGUUUGGGAUGUGGGUGGCCAAGAGAAGGCUCGUCCCUUGUGGCGGGCUUACACCCGAGCCACGGACGGGAUCAUUUUUGUCGUGGAUUCCUGUGAUAAAGAACGUUUGGAAGAGGCUCGACUCGAGCUACAUAGGAUAAUGACUGCGCCCGAUAAUGCCAAUACCCCGUUGCUGAUCAUUGCCAAUAAGCAAGAUUUGCCCGAUGCAACGGGUCCAGAAGAAUUGAAGAGUAUCCUAAGUCUCUCCGAUUUGCACCAGCUUCAUCACUUAGAGCCUGUGUGCGCCGUCAAUGGGGAGGGGCUGGAUGAAGGACUAGAAAAGCUUUACCAGCUCAUUAUCAAGCGAAGAAAGAUGAACAAGAGAUUGAGAAACAAGACCAGAUAGAUGGUUGUCUUUCUUGAAUCGGUUGGAAGUGUUCUCCAUCCUUCACACCUUCUCGUUGAACUAGAAUUCCAAGUCAAACUCAGAAUGGCCUGAAUGUACGUACGAGUGAGUCAAAAAACUCUUCGUCAAAAUUCCAGCCUCCAGUGAUAAAAACACGCCAACCUUCGUUCAGAGAUAUGCUCAAUAGGUACAGUGAUAACCCAAGUGGUUUAAUUCCGAGCGAAGGAACUAAAUUUGGACGAAGUAUGUCCCACAAAUGCUCAAAAUGCGCCAUGAAGUCACAAUUCAAAAUAGCAUCACUCAACGCAAAUGAUCAAUGCCUCAUCUUCAGUUUAGAAAAAACAAAAGGGAAGAAACCAAAACAGUUGUCAUGCUACGACGACAUCAUCAAGAAUAUCAUGACAUAGUAGUGAGGGGCGUUCAAGCUGGAUGAAAUUGGAUUUGCCUAAUUGUAAGCAGGGUUCAUUGAAACGUCUAAACUGCCAUUAAUGUUGCAUCUUGAUGGAAAACAUAACACGAGAAAGCAGAUCAGAACGCUCUCCAGUUAAAAAUAUCAGUAGGCAUGAAGCUUGCAACAGGAUCUAAUGUUGUUGUAUCGCUCUCUGAAUUUAUUUGCAAUUCAAUUUUUGGUCUUGGUGAGAUUGUGCCAUUUUCUGAUGCACCCCAACUAGAUCCAAACCAGGCUGUUUCAAAUUCAUACAGAACUUUAUCUUGUACAUUCCCUAACUUCCCGUUGCGUUGUUCAAGCCCAGAUCUGCCACAAUAUACGAGCAUCUAUUUAAAAGAUAGACAAUGAAUAAAUAAAAACUAAACCUAAA